AUGACUGAAGUAGGUGAAGCAUAUCCUCAAUUGGAUAAAUUAGAUAUCAUGUCGAAGGAAGUUAAUAAGAUGAUAUCACCAAGUAAUAAAACACAAUAUUAUAGUACUGUAACACAUAAAUAUCCAUCACCAAAAAUAUCUUGGUUAGAUAGUAUAGAAAGAGAUUUUGAUAAUGCUUUUAGAUCAAUUGAUUUAUUAAUGGAAGAUAUUGAUGUUGAACAAAGUGAUAUAAUAUAUGAUGCUAGACAAAAACUUGGUAUUUUAUCUGGUUGUUUUGCUGAACUUGUCAAACGUCAUCAACAUAUUGUUGGAAUGUACCGUUUACUUGAAAAUGAGUUAUACUCAACAAAAGAAGAAUUAUGUGAAGCAAAAGGUAUGAAUGAAACAUUAGAUAGUGAAUCACAAAGAUUAAUAACAAACAUCCAUAUCAUGCAAUGUAAACUUCAAGGUAAAAAUGAUCCUCAUGGAAGUAAUAUGAUAAGAAAAAAAUUAGAUGAAGAAGUUUUAAAAUUUAGACAAGAUAAUUUAGAAUUAACAAAAGUUAAGGCAGCUGUUGAAAUUCUUAAAAAAGAUAAUAAUAGAUGUAGAGAAAUUAUAACUUCUAUGCAGGCAGAACUAUAUGCUGCAAGAUUGGCAGCUAAAUAUUUAGAUAAAGAGCUUGCUGGAAGGAUACAACAAAUACAAUUACUUGGAAGAGAUAUGAGAGGUUCAGAACAUGAUCGUCUUUGGAAUGUCCUGGAAUCAGAAAUAAAUUUACACCGACACAAGACAGUUAUUCGUGCAUGCCGUGGAAGAAAACAAACAAAAAAUUUACCAUCACCUUUAGAUAAGUUUGAUGGAGAAAAAAUUGCAAAAAAUGGUGUUGGAAAAAUUAGAAUAGCUACUAUUAAAAAGGCAACAACUACUGAUGGACUUGGUAUGAGUAUUACUGGUGGAAAAGAACAUGGUGUACCAAUAAUUGUUUCUGAAAUUCAUCCUGGACAACCAGCUGAAAAAUGUGGAGAAAUUUUUGUUGGUGAUGCUUUAUUAAGUUGCAAUGGACAUAAUUUAAGAGGUGCUAUGCAUAAUGAUGCUGUAAAAAUAUUGAUGAAAGAAAUGAUGGAACAAACAGAAUUAAAAUUUGAAGUACUUUAUGUUCAACCAGAUCAUGAUUCUGAUGAUGAUGGAGAAAUAUGUUUAGAAACUAAUAGUGAGAUCAAUUUAAAACUUUAUGAUCUAUUUGAUGAUGAAUUUGAUAAAGAAACAUGUACUUCAUCAAAUUCUAAUGUAUCUGAUCCGGUUAUAACUUUUCCGGAAAGUACAAGUUUACCCAGAGACUGGCAUACUCAGGAGAGCUGA